AUGUUUUGUGGAGAGUCAUCGUCGAGUCUCCAGACCUUGAACAUAGCAAAGAGCCUCAGCUCUCUGUUCCCUAAACCAUCACCACUCAUCAACCCCAUUUCCGCAGGACAUCGAGACAAGCUGCGUCGUCCAAAUCUCAGAGGACGAUGUAAGGUCACGGCAUCACGGUCUAACGUUGAUCAGAAAGGUCAAAUAGUGAAACAAGCCGUUAAGAAAAUCAAAGUAAAGGGAUACAUAACGGCCCAAGAAGGGUUGCUGGAUGGCCUAGCUUGGUCGAGAGGUCUCGAUGACAUUACGGAUCUGGCAGGCAGAUCACUGCUCGUGGAGCUCAUAAGCUCCGAGACUGACCUUGGGACGGAGAAGGAUCCGGUAGCAGACUACGCACAACGUGUAUGGUUCGAAGCCCCUGAUGAGAAGUACGAGUGUGAGUUUGACAUGCCCGAAGACUUUGGAGCCGUGGAGGCCAUCAAGGUUCAAAACCAGCACCACAGAGAGAUGUUCAUCAAGGAGGUGGAGCUUGAGUUACCUAGCGGCCCUGUUAAGUUCACAUGUGAGUCGUGGGUGGCCCCCAAGUCCGUUGACCCAGCCAAGCGGAUAUUCUUCUCCAACAAGUCCUACUUGCCUUCUGAAACCCCGGAGCCUCUUAAACAGCUGCGAAAGGAGGAGCUGGAGACCUUACAAGGCAAGAACCGCGAGCGAGUUGGUGAAUUCGCCACGUUUGAACGGGUUUACGACUAUGACGUAUACAACGAUUUGGGUGACCCUGACAAAGACCCCGAGCUUGCCCGUCCCGUAAUUGGAGGCCUCUCUCAUCCGUACCCAAGGCGCGGCAAGACUGGUCGCAAACGGUGCGACUCUGACCCUUCCUCAGAGAAACGCUACGGGGAAUUCUAUGUCCCGAGAGACGAGGAGUUCUCAACAGCCAAGGGAAGUUCAUUCACGGGAAAAACCAUCUUGGCAGCUCUUCCCUCCGUGUUCCCACAGAUAGAGUGUGCUCUGUUGGAUCCCAACUUGCCCUUCCCACACUUCAAGUCCAUAGAAGAUCUCUUUGAGGUAGGCCUCGAGCUUCCCAAGGAUGCUGGCCUUUUACCUAUGAUCCCAAGACUUAUCAAAGCUAUGGCUGAAGCUCAAGAUGAUAUUCUCCAGUUUGAUCCCCCUAUUCUCCUUAACAAGGAUAGAUUUUCAUGGAUCCGAGACGACGAGUUUGCUCGCCAGACGCUUGCAGGCCUUAACCCGUAUAGCAUUCAGCUAGUUCGGGAGUGGCCGAUGAAAAGCAAACUAGACCCUGCCGUCUAUGGUGAUCCAAACUCACUCAUUACUAGGGAAGUUGUGGAAAAAGAAAUCAGAGGAGUCAUGUCAGUUGAUGAGGCUCUAAAGAAUAAGAAAUUGUUCGUGUUGGAUUAUCACGAUUUGCUUCUACCGUAUGUGAACAAAGUGAGAGAGUUGGAAGAUACUACCUUAUAUGCUUCUCGGACACUAUUCUUCCUCAGCGAUGAUAGCACAUUGAGGCCUGUUGCCAUUGAGUUGACUCGCCCCCAAGAUGUCAACAGGCCCCAAUGGAAGAAGGUCUUCACGCCAGGCUAUGAUGCUACAUCUUGCUGGCUAUGGAAACUUGCUAAGACACAUGUUGUUUCUCAUGACGCCGGUUAUCACCAGCUUAUUUCUCACUGGCUGAGGACUCACUGUUGUAUGGAGCCAUACAUCAUAGCGGCAAACAGACAACUAAGCGCCAUGCAUCCCAUCUAUAGACUUUUGCAUCCUCACUUCCGCUACACCAUGGAGAUCAACGCUCGUGCACGCCAAAGUCUCAUCAACGCAGACGGAAUCAUUGAGAGUUGCUUCUGGCCGGGGAAGUAUGCAAUAGAGCUAAGUUCAGACGUCUAUGAUAAACUAUGGAGGUUCGACAUGGAAGGCUUACCUGCAGACCUCAUCAGAAGGGGGCUGGCCGUGGAAGAUGAGACAGCAGAAUAUGGAGGGGUACGGCUGACGAUACCAGACUACCCAUUUGCGAAUGACGGUCUAAUGCUGUGGGAUGCACUUAAAGAAUGGGUGACACACUAUGUGAAGCACUACUAUCCAGAUGCAGGAUUGAUCUUGUUGGAUGAGGAACUCCAAGGAUGGUGGAGUGAAGUGAGGAACAUAGGGCAUGGAGACAAGAAAGACGAACCAUGGUGGCCUGUCCUCAAGACACAAGAUGACUUGAUUGGCGUGGUGACUACCAUUGCGUGGGUCGCCUCAGGUCACCACGCCGCUGUAAAUUUUGGACAGUACGGAUACGGAGGAUACUUUCCCAACCGACCAACUACCGCAAGGAUCAAAAUGCCAGUGGAAGAACCCACAGAGGAAGAGCUAAAAGAGUUCUAUGAGGAGCCAGAAAANGUAUUGCUUAGGACAUUUCCGUCGCAGAAGCAGGCCACCAAAGUGAUGGUCACUCUGGAUCUUUUAUCAACCCAUGCACCUGAUGAAGAGUACAUCGGAGAACAGCCAGAGGCAUCUUGGACCAACGAUCCUGUCAUCAAUGCUGCCUAUGAGCGACUCAAAGGCAGGCUCCAAUGUCUAGAAGGAGUGAUAGAUGAGAAAAACGUGACUGUUUCUCUGAAGAAUAGAGCGGGUGCUGGCGUAGUUAAGUACGAGCUUUUGAAGCCAAUCUCUGAACCCGGUGUUACCGGAAUGGGUGUUCCAUAUAGUAUUUCUAUCUGA